UUCCGUCUGGUAACUAGCGACCAAGAGACAAUUGAAUUAGAUUUAGUUUCAGUACGGUUAACGUUUUGAAUUCUAUAAAUACCGGCAUGUCACAUUUUCGUGCCAAUAUUUACGAUCUAGAGUGCGGCGUCGAGCCCGGCCAGUCUGCGCCGCGCCGCCCGACGUUCAACUGUCUUUGCGACGCCGUUAUAUAAACUUGAUUUAAAUGAAACAUUGUUAAAAAAAUUUAAAUAAAUGUGCGAAAAUAGUCGAAGUUAAUUUUUUAUGUUUUAUUAGUAUUUUAGCGCAACAGUGAUAAAAAUUAAUUUUAAGAAGGUGAUGAAGAAAAAACGAUGGGCAGUCUAUCAAAACAAUCCUUAAGUGGGAACAUUCACAGAAUAAGGGAAUUUGAGUUAGAAAAGGUUAAUUUGGCUGAUGAAUUCGACAUUCUUCAAAUUGUCGGCGAAGGCUGGUUUGGAAAAAUUCUGCUGGUCGAGCACAAAGCUACAGAUUCUGAGAUGGUAUUAAAGGCUUUACCGAAGCCCUACACAGCCCUAAAAGAUUUCUACAGAGAAUUUCAUUAUGGUUUACAUUUGGGUGUGCACAAAAAUAUCAUUACAGCGUACGAUGUGGCUUUUGAAACAGCUGGAUUUUACGUUUUUUCUCAGGAGUAUGCCCCAUUAGGUGAUUUGACAUCAAACGUGUCAGAAAUAGGAAUAGGAGAGCUUCAUUCGAAACGGGUGGCAAAACAGUUAUCCUCAGCUUUGGAACACAUGCAUUCGCGGGAUCUAGUGCACCGUGACGUUAAACUGGACAAUAUUUUAGUGUUUAAAUCAGACUUUUCCCGUAUUAAAUUGUGCGAUUUCGGCGAAACCAGGCGAGCUGGAUCAAUUGUAUUGAGGCGGAACGAAUGGUUACCUUACGCGGCUCCGGAAAUUUUGCAGAUACCAACUGAUGGAAGUUACAUGUCUACCACUUCCAAUGACGUAUGGCAAUUUGGCAUAGUGAUUUUUGUGUGUCUGACAGGAUGCCUACCCUGGCAAAAGGCUGCCGUCGAUGAUCCCAGAUACAGCAGGUACAUCUCAUGGCAGAGUACUCAUAUACCGAUAAAAAGACAACCUAAACUGUUUAAAUUGUUGACCUCUAAGGCGCAGAGGUUGUUUAAAAAGUAUUUGGAACCAAAAGCGGAGAAGAGGCCGGCAGGUUUGGCGGAAGUCUACAGGUUUUUGGAUGAUAGAUGGCUAUCUAAAGGCAUGGAGAAGACCAAUGAAGAAUCAAAGGAGGAAGAAGGGUUGUGUCCUUCCAUGUAUAGCUUCCACAGCAGUCCAGAAGAAAAAAAUAAGUUACUCAGCUCUUUGGCUCAGUACGGCUUGGAAACCACAGUUGAUAGAGUGGCGAAGAAAGACAGAAUUCGACAAUGGAUACAAAACAGCGUGAUAGAGGAAGACGACGAGAACGAAGAAGAACUGGAUGAAGAAAACAUGCGCAUAAGGGACAACCAAAACGGACCAAUGGGUGAACAAAUGAAGAGCCGAGGGCCAAUAUCUUCAUCAAGAGUAAAGUCGAAAAACGAAAUCGCUCUAAUGAACAAAAAAGAGCGCCGCAGUUCCAUUAUUAAAAAAGACGAAGGUCCAUACGUCCCUCCCAUAGAUCCGAGGAUUCCAUUUGUAGAGCAAAAAGAAAAAGUGGUGAAGAAUGGCGUGAAGAAAAGUAUUACAAACGGCGAGCCAAAGAGACCCGCCCGGACGACUGAUGUGGUGCACAAUUUUAAUAUCCAAAAAUCUCUUCCAUUCCAGAACAUGCGGAUUUCGAAUUCGCUCGGUACUUCGGAGAGUACGUUGAGUAGCGACAGCAGCAGCACGGUAAAACACAACAUCCACACACAACACUCACAAGGGAAUGUCACUACAAAUUAUAUUAACAAAAUGCGAAGCAACAGAAAAUGAAAAUAUUGGAAAAGUUAAAUUGGAUAUUUUUCAAAGCUUCUGAAAGAAAGAUUGGACAGGGCAAAAAGACAUUGUUCUAGAAAUUGCUGCCUUCGGGCGACAAAAAAUUGUGAUA